UUCGCUCUUCCUCCUUUCACAAGAAAACAAAUUUCAUUUAUACUCGUCCUCUAAUUCUCAGAUCAGUCUCAAGUUUUUCUUCUUCAAUUGAGUGUGUAGCAGCAAGCAGCCAUGGACGGUGGAGCAGAAGGAACUCAGCAACCUCACCUUAUUCUAGCUCACAAGCUCUUCCUCCUCACUCACCCCGAUGUCCAAGACAUCGAGAAAGUCCAGCUCAAGUCUGACGUCUUGGAUUCCAUCAAAUCCGAUGGUAUGGCUCCUUUGUACGAAACCCUAGCGGCGUCUUCUGUGCUGGAAUUGGAUCAGAGCUUGUUGGAUUCUAUGCGGGCUAGUAACGAGGAAGAGCUUAAAAAGCUCGACGAGAAGAUUGCAGAUGCAGAAGAAAAUUUGGGAGAAAGUGAAGUCCGUGAAGCUCAUCUUGCUAAAGCGCUGUAUUUCAUUAGGAUUAGUGAUAAGGUACUUGAGCAUGUUGUUAAAGAAAAAGCUCUGGAGCAACUAAAACUCACAGAAGGAAAAACUGUUGCUGUUGGGCAAAAGAUGGACCUUGUCUUCUACACACUGCAGCUUGCAUUUUUCUACAUGGACUUUGAUCUGGUAUCAAAGAGCAUUGACAAAGCCAAAAAGUUGUUUGAAGAGGGUGGUGACUGGGAGAGGAAGAACAGACUAAAGGUCUAUGAAGGCUUGUACUGCAUGUCCACCAGAAAUUUUAAGAAGGCUGCCAGCUUGUUUCUGGAUUCUAUAUCAACCUUCACGACUUAUGAGAUCUUUCCCUACGAGACCUUCAUUUUUUACACCGUCCUGACCAGCAUCAUAACUCUGGACAGAGUUUCUCUUAAGCAAAAGGUUGUUGAUGCACCUGAGAUCUUGACCGUUCUUGGGAAGAUACCGUUCCUUUCUGAGUUCUUGAACUCCCUGUACGAGUGCCAGUACAAGGCGUUUUUCUCAGCAUUUGGUUAG